AUGGCGAGCGGAGGCGCCUCCGCGCCCCGGGCGGGGCUGGCGUUGUAUCCGACCGGGCCAGGGGCGGCGGGGAGGGCGGGGGCGCGCGGGUGCACGUGUGAACGGUCCCCGCGGAGGCCCCCCAACAUUAGCGAGCUCAGCAUUCCUUUCCCGUCGUCGCCGCUAGCCCGGAUCGCCCUGGGCUCUCUCGCCCCGGAUCCUGAGCCCCGCAAAGGAGGAAUCAGCAAGGAGCUGAGCGUGACCGAGAACGUUUUGCACGUGGGCUGGAAAGCAGAGGAGGCCCGAAUCCUGCGUGUUUCCAUCAGUUCUUUCUUGGAGCAUCUCUCCUUGGUGGUGGAGACGAUGGAGCUGUUUGGGCCCCCCGUGGCGUGAGAAGCU